UUAAAUUUGGUUAUUUCCCCGGCUAGGUUACAAUGAAGAACUGUUAGCUGUUUCAGGCUAAUUCAUUUUCUCACCAAUAACAAAACUAAAUGCUCAGGCAAAUAUCCCACAGCGGUGUCUGAGCUUUUUUCCAUUAACCCGCUGUAUAAUCUUUAACCAGCCCGCAGACAAUAAGACAGAAAACAGUGAACAUGUCUCAGGAGGGAUUUCAAACACCAGCAAUGAAAACCACCGCAGACACGAGCUUGAAUGCACAUGAAUCGCAGAAGACCAACCCUGGGAAGACACCUAUACAAAUCCUGCACGAAUAUGGCACCAAGAGUGGCAACCUCCCCGUGUAUGUGAUGGAGAAGGCUGAAGGAGAGGCUCAUCAACCCAGCUUUGUCUUCAGCGUGAAAAUCGGAGAAGUCGGCUGCACGGGUCAAGGUCCCAGUAAAAAAGCUGCUAAACACCAGGCUGCAGAGGCUGCCCUGAAUAUUCUGCAGAUAGAUGCUGGGUCAGUGAAUAUUCCUGUGAAGGCUGAGAGUAACGGUGUUGCAGCAGAAACAAACAACCAUCCCAACUCAGUGGGGAUACUGCAGGAGUUGGCGUUGCAGAGAGGAUGGCGUCUUCCUGAAUACACAGUUUUAAUGGAGGCUGGUCCGCCACACAAGAGAGAAUUCACCGUUACUUGUCGGAUGGAGUCGCUAUCAGAGAAAGCUAAAGGAAAUUCAAAAAAGGCAGCGAAAAAGGCGGCUGCAGAGAAAAUGGUGUCAAAGCUUCAGAGUCUGUCAGGCUGUUCUGAAAUCACAUGGACUCCUAAACCAAGCGUCCGAUUUGAGAACUUAAGGAACUCAUCAUCUGAGCAUAUAUCUUUACUGAGAAGAAACCCGCUGAGCAUUCCCAACACAGAUUAUAUUCAGAUGAUGUUGGAGCUGUCUAAGGAACAGGGCUUUGAGGUCACAUACUUUGACAUAGAUGAGCUGACGGUAAACGGACAGUACCAGUGCCUGGCAGAGCUGUCCACCUCCCCGGUCACAGUGUGCCACGGCACCGGCAUUUCCUGUAGCAACGCUCACAACGACGCAGCACACAGCGCCCUCCAGUACAUCAAGAUCAUGGCCUCCAGCAAGUAAAACCACCGCAGUGUGCUUCACCUGUAUUGUCACAUGUAUCAGCUGAUGUCCAGUCAUGGUGACGCCGUAGGUCGUUCCUCUCACUAGUCUUCCCGCCCCGUGGACGAUAUGAGGUCAAGGUAUAUUUUUAUAAUUAUGUGUAUCACAAGGCAGAUCAACGUGACAAGAACUCCAUAUACACUGACCUGAAUCAGGCAACGUUAGAGCAGUAUUUGUGCGGAGACGAACUUUCUCGAUAUUAAGAAUCAAAUAUAAAUGAAAUGUUGUCUUCAGACUACCAUCAUGUUUUACUUGACAUUUCCAACAUAUUUAAGGAAACGUAUGUGUGUAAAUGAAGUAGGAUCAGUGAAUAAUAUGAAGCACGUCCUCAUUAUAUUUUUACGUGUUUAUCCACAUUUGUUGUGUUGCUUUAGUGGAAUUUAUGGACUCCUUUGUUUUUUAGUCGGGAUGCAGAUGUUUUUAUGUUUCAGUUGACUUCAUUUAUUUUGUUUAUUCCACAGAUUUCUCUGUAGCAAUAUAAAGAGUCAAUAGGAGAUCUUAAACUUUUAAUUUGCUUUUAGAGAUAACUGCCUUUCUGUUAAAUUCUAAAAUGAAAGUGAAUUGAAAAAGAGAUUAUUUUGUGUUAAAUUUGAAAGGAUGGUCUGCAUUUUGAUCUACAGAUGGGUCAAAUUUAUUUAUUUUUCUUACUUCCACUCCUCUAUCUGUCAGUAUGCAAUCAGUACAACACAGUUCAGAGUAGAUAUAAUGUUACUUCAUAUCCUGCUGGUCUGUUGCCAUUUUUUGCAAGUGUGCCUCCUAGUUCCUUGUGAUAUAUUUAAUACAUUUACUGACUGCUGUCCUCUGCUGUAUGAACUGACCCUUGGUGGAGAGCAGCAACAACAUGUGUAUGAACCCAUGAAAUAAACACUAAAUGUUAACAA